AUGGCUGUGGCACGCAAAAUCAAAACUUUGCUGACCGUCAACAUUUUAGUGUUUGUGGGAAUUAUCCUGUUCUCGGUCUACUGCAGGAUCCAGGACCGAUCCGAGGAGCUCAUCCAGCUAGGGCGUAUGUCUGACCAGAGGCUGCGAGCCAGGAAUGGCAAAGUUUCCAACUUGGUGGACAGACAGUCUAUUCUCCAGAGGCUGGAGAGGCUGGAGGAUGUGGUCUACAAUCAAUUAAACGGUUUGGCAAAGCCUAUGGGGCUAGUUGAGGGGCCAGGAGGCCUUGGCCAGGGGGGAGCUGCUGCCACUCUGGGAGAGGACAGUCAUGACGCCGAGGGGAAAUAUGAGGAGUAUGGCUACAACGCUCAGCUCAGUGACCGCAUUUCCCUCGACAGAAGUAUCCCCGACUACAGGCCUAAAAAGUGUAAACUGUUGACAUAUGCGGAGGACCUUCCUCAGAUCUCUGUGGUCUUCAUCUUCGUGAAUGAGGCACUUUCAGUGAUCCUGCGCUCCGUCCACAGUGUGGUCAACCACACACCGGCACACUUGCUCAAGGAGAUCAUCCUGGUGGAUGACAACAGUGACAGCGUGGAGCUGAAAUUCAACUUGGACCAAUAUGUGAACAAACGCUACCCAGGCCUGGUAAAGAUUGUGAGGAACAGCAAGCGGGAAGGCCUGAUCAGAGCCAGAAUACACGGCUGGAACGCGGCCACGGCUCCUGUCGUCGGCUUCUUUGAUGCUCACGUCGAGUUCAACACUGGCUGGUAA